AUGCUACAAAGUUAUUCUGUUUGGAAAACGUCGACUCGUUUGCUCCACAGCUACGCUGCUCGUCGGCUGCGCUGCCCGUCAGCUACGCUGCUCGUCGACUACGCUGCCAGUCUGCUACGUAGCCCGUCGACUACGCUGCCCGUCGCUUCCGAAGCGCUGCCGCUACGUUGCUCGCCAACUGCUACGCUGUACGCCUCACGAAGUGCUGGUCUCCUACUCGCCGCUGCGACUUCUGCUAAUGCUGCUCCGCUAUAG